AUGCUGGCAUUCUCCUUCGCAGAAAGCAUCCGGAAGGUUCUCAACCGGCCUGCCGUCCAUCUCCUGGUGAGGGUGAAGCUCGAAACCAAACCCAAGAAAAAUGAAGACCGGGUGCUGGUUCUUACCACCUGGCGUGUCUAUUUGUUUGGAAUUAAGAUGCCUGCCAAGCCCGAAACCUCGUUCAACGUCUUGGAGAUCCGAGCAUUAAACACAUUGAAUCAUAACCAGAUCUUGGUGGAAACAGAGAAAGCAAAUUACAACCUGAAAUUUCCAACCCCAGAAAGUGCCGGACAGGUGACCAGACACGUCAACUCUGCCUUAGCCAAAAUUUUCCCCAGUCCGGCUUCUGUCUGCCUGAUCCGGCACGGGAACGUGGAAACUCCGGAAACUUCCCGGGACGUCUCCCCCAAUUCGGAAAGUUCGAAUUCCACCAUUCACAGCAUUUGCGGAGGUUUCUCUGAAACGUAUGCGGCCCUUUGCGAUUACAACGGACAGUCUUGCCGGGAAGAAGUUCAGUGGGAUGUGGACACGAUUUAUCAUUCUGAAGACAACCGGGAGUUCAACCUGUUGGAUUUUUCCCACUUGGAAAGUCGAGACCUGGCUUUGAUUGUGGCAGCUUUGGCUUACAACCAGUGGUUUACCAAACUUUACUGCAAGGAUUUGCGGCUGGGCUCCGAAGUAGCCGAGCAGAUUCUGCACACGGUGAGCAAGUCCCAUCACCUGGAGGAGCUGGUGCUGGACAAUGCAGGGUUAAAAACGGAUUUUGCCAUGAAACUCGCCAACGUUUUGGCGGAAAACCCCAACACCGCCCUCCACAUCCUGACGCUUUCGCACAACCCCCUGGAGGACAAAGGCCUGGGUGCCCUGAGUCAGCAGCUCCUGUGCUUCCCCAAAGGCCUUAGCAAACUCUGCCUUUCCAAGACCGGCAUCACUGCGAAAGGACUUGCCGUUUUGUGCCAGACCUUCAGUGCCAACCCAGCAUUCACCAGUUCUCUCCGCCAUCUUGACUUAAGCAAAAAUCCCGGCCUUCUGGGCACUGACGAGGCAAACAGUUUCUACUCGUUCCUGGCACAGCCCAACGCACUGAUACACCUGGACCUCUCCUCCACUGACUGUGCGGUAGACGCACUUUUUAGUGCGUUGCUGCACGGCUGCUGCCCUCGUCUCUGCUACCUCAAUCUUUCACGAAACACCUUUUCCCACCGGAAGGGAAAAGAAUUCCCGCCCUCUCUGAAGCAGUUUUUCUGCAGUGCCUAUUCACUCAAUUGUGUGAAUCUGUCCGGCAUCAGGGUCCCAGUAGAAGCCUUGCGGUCUCUCAUGCAAGGUUUGUCCGCCAACACCCACCUCAGCGAGCUGCACCUGGAUCUGAGCGGAUGUGAGCUACGUUCUCCGGGAGCUCAAGUGCUUCAAGAACAAAUGCCCGGGAUCAGCGCCUUGAGCGGUCUCAAUAUUUCGGAUAACGGCUUCGACACGGAUUUAAUCACCUUGCUCCCGGCGCUGAGUAAGAACAAAUCUUUGAAACAUCUCUGGCUUGGAAAGAAUUUCAACGUCAAAUCCCGGACUCUGGAAGAAAUUCUCCAGAAGAUAGUGCAGUUUAUCCAAGAAGAAGACUGCUCCUUACAGUCUUUCUCGGUGGCCGAUUCCCGGCUGAAAAGCCGCUGCAGCAUCCUGAUCAACGCUCUGGGGAGCAACACCUGCUUAACCAAAGUGGACCUGAGUGGAAACAGCAUGGAAGAUCUCGGGGCCAAGAUGUUGUCCAAAGCUCUGCAGAUCAACAGCACGCUCAGGAGCAUUUCUUGGGACAGGAACGGGACCACCGCCCAAGGCUUCCAGGACAUCGCCCGGGCCUUGGAGAACAACUACACACUCAAGUUUAUGGCUUUGCCCAUGAGUGACAUCACCACGGCCUACCGCAAUGCCCCCGACAGGACGGACGAGAUCUGGCAAAAGAUCCAGUGGUGUCUGCUGCGAAACAACCACUCUUCAAAGAUCUCUCAGGACCAAGCUUUCCGUCUCCAUCAAGGAAUCGUCACCCAUAGCGCCGAGCAAAUGAUGAGCCGGCUUUGUGUGCGGGUUCAGGAGGAAUUACGGGUCCUGCGAACGUGCUCCGUCCAGGAUUCUGUCCAGGAGGAAGUCCUUUAUGCCCGGAAGUUGAUGAAAGAAGCCAAGAAUUCCAGAGCGCUCUUUCCCAGCCUGUACGAACUUGGGCACCUCUUGGCCACUGAUGGGCCCGUGCGGCACCGCCUGGAGUCCAUGGCCAACGAAGUGGCCAAAGCCGUCGACAAGGAACUGCAGAUGAUCUUGGAAUCUAUGGUUGAUCUAACGCAGGAGUUGUGUCCACAUGCCGUCCAGGCCGCUGAAGAACAUCACAAGAUGUUGGCAGCUGUUUCGGAGCAUAUCAGCCUGCCCCGAAACUUUAUCCGAGGGGCUUUGCUGGAACAGGCUGGCCAGGACAUCCAGAACAAGCUCAAUGAAGUGAAGCUCUCCGUCGUGACGUAUCUCACCAACACCAUUGUGGAGGAACUUCUGGAGGAGUUGUACUACGCUCACAAGAACCUGGACACCAUGGCGAUCAAAAGACAGAAGAACUGCCGCAGGAUCAGGCCAGCUUCUGCCUUCAUUAGUGGAUCGGAACAGGACACUGACCUCACGACUGCUAAUAUGAGCUCACCUCUGGGGUGGAUCGCUCUCGUGGGCAACACUCCCUAUCCCUAUUCGCACAGCGCCUCCUUCGAUGGGUUUUGUGAUCUGCCCACAGACGGGACUCGGCUUGAGCACCGGACGUGCGGCAGACCCCGGCCGCCUUGUUCGACCCGCUUCCGCUCCAGCAACCGACUUUUUCGUUCCCUGGAAUCCAGAGAACAGGAGAACGGGUUGGUGCCCAGACUGGAUGAGGGUCUGGAGGAGUUUUUCAACCGGAGAGUCCUGAGCAACACAAUAAGCUAUCCUCGGAUAUCUGACAGCUGUGCAGUACGGCCAGGCCUGUCUGAUUCCCUCCCACCUCUACAAAGGAAGAGGAAAAAGGGCCUCUUCCAUUUCCGCCGGUACCGCAGCAUCAAGGGAGAGCGAGACUCCGACGAUCUGCCCCCCAAUCCUCCCCCGCCUCCCCUGGGAGGGGAGGACCCGAAGCCCUUGAUGUACUCCGUCGCCCACGAGAAAGAGUGGAAACUGGACCAGGACAUUGUGGGGGGAACCAUGCUGCUUCCGGGAAUGGUGACCGCAAUAGCGCCUGGAAGCAGGGUCAAAGGCCUCCCAGGCCGUUCCAAACAGGUACAGAAAUUUAUUUCCGGGACCGUUGAAAUGGAACAAAGGACGGGAAGUUUACGGGAGCAGCAGAGAAGGCGAUCCUCCGAUGACACAGGGCAAAGAGGAUGGAGGCCUCACCCUCCCCUGCAGAGCACUAAGCCAAGUUUUGCCACCAUUCGGCGGGCAGAAGCCAGCUGGGAUAUAGCUGAAGAGAGCACGUCCCGGGAGAGUGGGGGCAAAAGCAACCUGCGAGACCACCCCCUGGAAGAAAAGCCGCCGGGGGCCGACGAGAGGGGCGUGAUGGGGGGCACACCAAAUUCCGAGAAGGACCGACUGACGGCACCACCCGGGGAACCCGAGGUUGGGCGAAAAAUGGCGCCUCUCAAACCAAAGAGAACACGGCGGGCACAGUCCUGCGACAAGCUAGAGUCCGAUCGGGGACGGAACCCGGGAUCUGGAGUCGGAAAGACGAGGUUCACCAGGAAAGCCGCCGGCUCACGCGUGGAAUCCCGCAGCGAUUGA